UGUUUCUCUCAGAAGAAAAUUAUGGCUAACAAAAAGAAUGAAAAUGGAUUAUAUCCAAUUUCCCCUUUUCAGCAAGCAGUUGCUUCUUGUUGUGGAGCUACUAUUACAUCACUCUUGGUGACACCUUUGGAUGUUGUAAAAAUUCGGCUACAAGUCCAAAGUAAUCCAUUAACCAAAGGAAAAUGCUUUAUCUACUCCAGUGGCCUUAUGGAUCAUGUAUGUGUCUGUGAGAAUGGGAACACCAAAGCAUGGUAUAAGAAACCUGGCCAUUUCAAAGGGAUGUUGGAUGCUUUUGUGAAAAUUGUUCGAAUGGAGGGCAUUAAAUCACUGUGGAGUGGACUUCCUCCAACACUAAUGAUGGCACUUCCAACCACAGUAAUUUAUUUUACUUGCUAUGAUCAACUAAGUGAAGCUUUAGGAGCUACAUUAGGAAAAGGUGACUUCAUUCCAAUUCUGGCUGGCUCCUUAAGCAGAUUGGGUUCAGUAACUGUAAUAAGUCCCCUGGAGUUGGUUAGAACUAAACUUCAGGCUCGCCAGUUAUCUUACAGGCAAUUACAUGUGUGCAUCAGUAACACAAUAGCCAAAGAUGGCUGGCUUUCUUUGUGGAGAGGCUGGGGUCCUACUGUUCUUAGAGAUGUUCCUUUCUCAGCAAUGUACUGGUACAACUAUGAACACCUCAAGGAGGGGCUGUGCAAGAGAUAUGACAUGCAUGAACCAACAUUUAUGAUGUGUUUUGCAUCAGGGGCUAUAUCUGGAUCUAUUGCAGCUCUUUUAACUUUACCUUUUGAUGUGGUGAAAACACACAAGCAGACUCAACUUUGGGAAUGCGAGACCUUAAAUAUAUCACAGAGGAAGUCUGCAUCAACUUGGACAGUAAUGAAGAAAAUUGUUGCUGAAAGUGGGUUUACUGGAUUAUUUGCUGGUGUUAUUCCCCGGUUGAUUAAAGUUGCUCCUGCUUGCGCCAUCAUGAUCAGCACAUAUGAAUAUGGGAAGGCCUUCUUUCGUAAAUUAAAUAAGAAACAAAUGGAAAACAAUUAAUACAGUCUCUCAAGAUUGCAACCACAACCUAGCUGUACAAUGUGAGCUGUGCCAAGUUUGACUUAUGUCUAAGAUUCAAAUAUUCCAAAGUAACUGAAUUAAAAUUCGGCCAGGAUGUUCAGCAACCAGGCAAAACUCCAUUUGCUUAGAUUUUCAUCAGAGCUAAAUUUGGUCCUGUUUCAGAAUUUAAGAAUGCGUGAGAACAAUGUCUUCUGUGUCAUCAUUUAAACUAUCCUGUGAAUUCUCCAAGAGAGAACAAAGUCUAAGGAAGCAAGCUGAUUGUUUUACAAGCCAUCUUUAGAGCCACCUAAGGGGGAAAAAUUAAGAUUGGUCAGAGUACUGAAAUAAUAUAUGCAGACGCUCUUAAAGGGGGAAAAAAAUCUGUCAGUGGAUGCAAGACUGGUACAGAAUAUGAUCAUUUCUGGCUUGCAUUUUUGUAUUUCACCAAGCAACCGCUGUUAGAUGUAGUUAUGCUCUGAAUCUAUUAGGAUUGGCAGUAUGUAAACACAGAAAAGGACAAGUCCUUUCCUGUUUAAUCAUGUACUUAGAAAUGUUUAAAUGGUCUCUUCAAACAGGGCUUUUCUUCCAAAAAUAAUGUGAAGUAUUUCCUCAGUGUUUGAGUGGAACUGUGUGGAAGAAGUUACCACUAGGUAGCCUUAAAACAGAGCCCUAGGAAUGUUUCAGACAGACACAGCAUGCAUACAGUUUGAAAAUUGUUAAGUAAUAAUAUACUUGAGAUUACAAAUGCAACUGUUAGCAAUCCAGUGGUCCUGAAGAUUAGAAAUAAUUUUACAUGGCAGAAUCUUGAGUUAACAUUUAAAUAUUCAUUUGUUUGUCAUGUAACUUUGGUUCCAUGACAGGGACUUACUUUAAAAAUGAACAAAUUAUUAGCUUGUUUUUGAUUUCCACUUUUAGAAAUAUUUCCAAUAAAAACCUAAUCCUAAACCAGGCAACUGCAGUUCAGGGGAAGCUUUAAAGAAAUGCAGGUAAUAAAAGUGUGGGGCAUGUGAUGGUUAAAGUCACUUAGUUGAGUUAUACACACACUAGUAUCUGAACUGUAGUGGUAAUUCUGCUGAUGAGUUUUUUUAAUAUAUCAGAUAUUUUAGUUACAUGAUCAUAGUACAUUAAAAGAUGUUAUAAGCUUAAUUCCACUUCCAGAACACAUGACAGCCACAGUCUAGUUCUGUAUUCUGGCCUCCUCAUUGUUGAUCAAAACUGGGGUAAAAGAUAAGAAACUUGAAAGCAGCAGUGAGACCAUGAGCUAAGAAUCCUCAGCUAAUCUAUGGCUCUGUAGAUUUUUUUCCUUCCUUUUAAUGCUAGAUUGCCAUUUGUCCCCAUAUGUAUGUUGCAAGCUUUUUGUUAAUAUGCUUGCAUGCACAGUAUUACAUCAUAGGUUUCCUAAUGACAAAGUAGUGCCUGUACUGUUCCCAGAUUCCACUUAUCUGAGGUAGACCCCCAUGUCUGAGGGGGCGAAGCAAAAAGUGCUUUCCCUUGGGGAAAAGCAAUCUUGCAUCAUUAAGUUACUAGCCAUCAAAAGGGGUAGGAUGCUGCAAGUCAUUUAACUACUGUACUAUGUCGUAUACGGCAUGUGUACUGGGACAGAGAUUUGACCUCUGAUUAGAGAUUUGUAAAGAAUUGUUUCUCAGGAUAAGUUACACUUUACUAUGAAAAGAAGUAGCACUUUAUUGUGAUUGAUAUAUUUUUCAUAAAAAUGUGAAACAUUCUAAUCUUCAACAUGGAAAUAAAAGACUGUAAUGGAUAUUAAUCGGAAUGGAAAUGAAUGCAUUUACUAGUUAUGUACU